UAGCACCACACUUGACAGACAGUCAGAGUGCACCAUAAGUUUUUGUUAAAACAAUUUCAAAGUUUGUAAUUAUUUGGUAAAUUACUUGUGUUCCGUACAUUGCAAAUCAUUCUGUUGAGAAGAACCAGUAAUUACUUCAUUGAAAAUGAUUACCGACGUGCAAUUGGCGAUUUUCUCGAACGUAUUGGGAGUGUUUCUAUUCCUGCUCGUUGUGGCAUACCAUUACAUAAACGCUAAUAUGGGCAGACCAUCCACAUCGUCAAAGCAUAAGUAGAAUAUACAAACCAUAGAGCGUACAAUUCCAGAUACAUUACCAACUGCAACAAAUUUAUCCAGCAAUGUUAACAUUUUCAUUCGAAUAAAAUGUAAAAUUGAAUCGAAGUAAA